UGAACUAAUACACCUGUUUGACUACGUUUUGUCAGUGUCGUUGGUUUACAUUAUAUUAGCAUAACGAAUACCAACGAGUGAAACGCCUACAUGGAAAUUGAAGCAUAUGAGAUUUCCUCUAUUUACACAUUCAUACAGCCUAGAUGUUAUACCAUUUUCCUUCGUUUUACAAUUUUUAAGUCUUAUCUUAAUAUUAUUAAUUGAUCAAAUGGAUGAUUUAGAGGAAUUGGAGUACCUCUCCCUAGUUUCAAAGGUGGCCUCUGAAAUAAAAAAUCAUACUGGUAUCGAUGAUAAAACUCUCUCAGAAUUUGUUAUAAACUUAUAUGAGAAAUCCAAAACUUAUGAUGAAUUUAAAGGAAAUGUUCAAGCAUCGGGAGGAGACUUUGCAGAUUCCUUUUUACAAAACGUUGCUAGAUUGAUUCGCGAAUUACAUCCAAAAUUAAAAGCGACAAGUCAAGUUGAUCGAAAUUCUGGUAAUAAAAAAACCGAGGAGUCUAAUAUAACUUCUGAAGGAGAUAAUACGAAUCGAAAACGGGAGUUGUUUCCUAGUUUAAGUAUUCCUGAUCAUAGGAAUUUUGAAAAUGUUCAAAAAGACAGUGAUUUGAUGGACGAUACCAUGAAUGACUUAAGUCGGUUAUCCAGCUCUUCUCGUUCAAGAAGGUCAGAUAACACUCGAGAUAUAUACAGAGACAGAUCAACAAGUCCGCGUCGGACUUUUCGCGAUGGUGAUAGACACACUUCAGACCGGUAUGUACCUUCUCGUUCGCGAGAUAGUAGUUCUGCUUCUCGGCGUCAUAAAACUAAUACCAUGAAUGGUUUUCCCAAAUUAAACGAAGUAUAUUCUGGAAUUGUUUCGGGUAUCAAGGAUUUUGGUGCCUUUGUGACAUUGGACGGGUUUUCCCGUAGAACAGAUGGUUUGGUCCAUAUAUCUAAUAUAAUGAGUGGUCGGCGCGUUGAGCAUCCCUCUGAAGUGGUUGCCUAUGGGCAACCAGUUUUGGUUAAGGUUAUUCGAGUAGAUGAAGCUAGCAAAAGAAUAGGUCUAUCGAUGAAAGAAGUUGAUCAGAUUACUGGAGAAGACUUGAAGCCGGAAACAGAAGAGAAUGAUUUUUAUCGUGGUACAGGUGCUAAUUCUGUUGGUCUGAAUACAAACGAGAAACAAGCCCAGACAGCUGAUAUUUUUGGCGCUGGUAAGAAUAAUGGAAGAAAACGAUUGACUUCUCCUGAGAUUUGGGAACUACAACAGCUGGCUGCUUCGGGAGCCAUUUCAUCAUCAAAUAUUCCUGGAUUCCAAGAGGAAUUGACUACCUUUAAUAAUCCCGAGCUUAAGCCAGAGGAUGACGAAGAUUUUGAAAUUGAACUACGUGAUGAAGAACCUAGAUUCCUUGCUGGUCAAACAAAACUCUCCCUUAAGCUUUCUCCUAUUAAAGUAGUAAAAGCGCCCGAUGGGUCUUUAUCUCGAGCUGCAAUGCAAGGACAAGUAUUAGCUAGUGAUCGUCGAGAAAUGCGUCAGAAAGAAGCACGGAUGCAAAGUGAAAAGGAGCUUGAAAAACAGGACCUGUCGUUAGUAUGGAAUGAUACAAUGGCGCGUCCUGAAGACAAUAAAUUUGUUCAGGAUAUUCGCAGUUCAGCAGCCCAACAGGUAACGGCUCAAAUUCCAAAUUGGCGACAGCGAUCCGUAAAGGGCCCGGAUGUAUCGUACGGAAGGAAGACGAGUUUAAGCAUGAAAGAGCAGAGAGAGAAUCUUCCUGUCUUUAAACUUCGGAAAGCCUUCUUAGAAGCUGUUUUCAAAAAUCAGGUUCUCGUUUUGUUGGGUGAAACAGGUUCUGGUAAAACCACCCAAAUAACCCAAUAUUUAGCCGAAGAGGGAUAUACCGAUAAUAGGAAAAUAGUUGGCUGUACUCAACCAAGACGUGUAGCUGCUAUGUCAGUGGCGAAGCGUGUUGCUGAAGAAGUUGGUUGCCGGGUUGGAGAAGAAGUUGGUUAUACCAUUCGUUUUGAAGAUAAGACAAGUAGAAUGACUCAAAUUAAAUACAUGACAGAUGGUAUGCUUCAGCGCGAAUGUUUGGUCGAUCCACUCCUGAGGAAGUAUUCUGUAAUCAUUCUUGAUGAAGCACAUGAAAGAACUGUAUCUACCGACGUUUUGUUUGGUUUAUUGAAACAUACAGUAACGAAAAGACCAGAUCUAAAAUUAAUUGUCACGUCUGCUACGUUAGAUGCUGAACGAUUUUCCUCGUAUUUUCACAAAUGCCCUAUAUUCACUAUUCCUGGACGCUCUUAUCCUGUUGAAAUACUAUACGCCAAGCAACCAGAAAGCGACUAUCUUGAUGCAGCCUUACUUACGAUAAUGCAAAUACACUUAACUGAAGGUCCGGGUGACAUUUUGGUAUUUUUGACAGGACAAGAAGAAAUUGACACUAGUUGUGAAAUUCUGCAUGAAAGAACAAAAAUGCUUGGGGAUACUGUACCUGAAUUAGUUAUUCUGCCAGUAUAUUCCGCACUUCCUUCGGAGGUACAAAGUCGUAUUUUCGAACCCGCUCCUCCUGGAGGAAGAAAGGUAGUUAUCGCUACUAAUAUUGCAGAAACUAGUUUAACAAUUGAUGGAAUCUACUAUGUCGUGGAUCCUGGUUUUGUGAAGCAGAGUUGUUUUGAUCCCAAAUUGGGUAUGGAUUCUCUCGUCGUUACGCCGAUUUCACAGGCGCAAGCAAGACAGAGAAGUGGUCGUGCUGGUCGUACGGGUCCAGGAAAGUGCUAUCGGUUGUAUACAGAAAAUGCUUUCCAGAAUGAGAUGUUACCUAGUCCAAUCCCGGAGAUUCAACGUCAAAAUCUUUCUUAUACCAUUCUUAUGCUGAAGGCAAUGGGGAUCAAUGAUUUAUUGAACUUUGAUUUUAUGGAUCCUCCGCCAGCGCAAACGAUGAUUGCCGCAUUACAAAAUUUAUAUGCAUUAUCGGCUCUCGACGACGAGGGAUUGUUAACGACGUUAGGACGGAAAAUGGCAGACUUCCCUAUGGAGCCACAAUUAUCAAAGGUUUUGAUUACAAGUGUUGAACUCGGAUGUUCUGAAGAAAUUUUGACGAUUAUAGCUAUGCUGAGCGCUCCGAACAUCUGGAGUCGGCCAAGAGAGAAACAGCAGGAAGCGGAUAAGCACCGAGCACAAUUUUCGAAUCCAGAAAGUGAUCACUUGACUCUGUUAAACGUAUAUACGGCAUGGAAAACAAACAGAUGCUCUGAUAAUUGGUGUUAUGAGCAUUAUAUUCAAGCACGAGGGCUUCGAAGAGUGGAAGAUGUCCGUAAACAGUUACUACGAUUAAUGGACCGCUAUCAUCAGCCGGUAAUAUCAUGUGGCCGAAAUCGUGAAUUAAUUCUGCGUGCGUUGUGUUCUGGACACUUUACUAAUGUUGCAAAGAGAGACUCACAAGAAGGAUGUUAUCGAACCACUGUGGAGAAUGCGCAAGUGUAUAUGCAUCCCAGUAGUGUUUUAUUUGGAAAACCCGCUGAAUGGGUAAUUUACCAUGAAUUAAUACAAACGACGAAGGAAUACAUGCACACCGUUAGCACGAUUCAUCCCCGAUGGUUGGUAGAGGUAGCUCCGACAUUUUUCAAAUUUGCGAAUCCAAACCAGAUUUCCAAGUCGAAGAAAGGAACAAAAGUUGUACCGCUAUUCAAUCGUUUUGAAAAGGCAGACGAAUGGAGAAUUUCUAAGCAAAGAAGAGGAAAGUAAUUUGAAGGAAAGAUGUAAGAAGGAUGAAGCCUUGAAUGUUUUGAAAUGUUUUUAUGGUCAUCAUGGGUUAUGGGUCAUAAUACUAUGUAUAUAUAAAAAGACAAGGAUCUAUAAACGUAGAUAAAAAUUAAGUUAGAGGAAAGUUUUCUUAUAAUAAUAAUGAUAAAAAAGGUUUUUGGUGGAGAGGGACAGUUUUGCUUUGAUGGAUGCACUGCACUCACUCUAUAGCAAGAGUUUGAAUGAACGG